GCGAAGGACAUGACCACAUUCAUCACGGAUGUGCUCAAAGGAGUGAAAGAUGACUUGGAGGAGGUUUUCGCUUACGGCCGAAAGUUUGCGGAAAGGGGCGGAGCUCGGUUCAAGACUGCUGACGCCAUGUGGAAGUACGUGAGUGCGAAGGCUGGGAAAAACAAGCACGAGUUCCAGGGCAAGCUGAGGGAGAAGGCAGUGAGGAAGGUAGUCAGGACGAUCGUCGAGUCGAACGGCGGGGACGGCGAUGCCAUCAAGCAGGACGUCGACACAAAUUACAAGAAGGGUCUUGUUUGGUGGAAGGACAAGCGGGCAGCAGUUUGGGGGGAUGGCCGCAUGACGCUCCUAGGGGAGGCCGCGGCGUACAAGGAGAAACACGACUUGCUGCACGGCACAGAGUAG